ACUAGAUAAAAUUCCGAACUAAAGCGAGGGAAAGCGUUUUCAUUCGUUGGUUGGAAGCCGCGGCUAUCAGUGAUCACUAACCGUCUGUCCGUAUCUCGGUGAAGUUUAAGUUCAAGGACUUGUGUUGGACCUUUGUUUGUUUAUAUCAGGUGAGGGCGUCCAUUUCCCAGACUCGUGCGCAGGCAGUGGGCGGGCGCCGACCGCGCACUCAGUUAGAGACAGGCAUCGCCGCCGCUCGCACGAAUCUGAACGCCGCACAAGCGCUGAACGAACGACUUAAAGAUGGCCACCGGCCCGAAGAUUGUACACAAGCAGUUCAACUCGCCCAUCGGGCUGUACUCCCAGCAGAACAUCAAGGAGACGCUCACCAAGCAUAUGUCGAACCUUGGCAACGGCACUGUGGGGAUUGACUUCAGUGACCCGACCACAGACAAGCCCGCGAACUUGGCCAACUCUGCCGUUCUGCGGAUGCUCGAGGAAGAAGAACGCAACCGUGGCAGGGGACGCCCCAAGUUAGACCCCACCCAAGUGCUGGCGAUCAAGCGGAACAUGGUAUACAUGCGCCAUCCCUUUGACCGGUACUGGCCUCCGGAUAACACGAGGAUGCGAUCAGCUCGCAGCUGGGAUGGCCAGCUCAACGCCACAGGGAAUAUUUAUUCAGACUUUAUGAAGGCUACUAAAGGCCAGAAGAAAGUAGUGUGGCCACCAGUGCCCGAAACGAACGGAUAUCAUCAACCACAACAGCAACAGACUCCUGCGUACUACAACAACGCGCAGCAAUCCCCAGCCUCCCCCCAGCCCCAAUACCAAUCCCAACAACAACAGCCCCAAUACAAACAACAACCCCAAUACCAGCAACAGCCCCAGUACCAGCAACAACCCCAAUACCAGCCACAGCCGCAAUACCAACAACAGCCGCAAUACCAACAACAACCCCAGUACCAACCACAACCCCAGUACCACCAGCAACCCCAGUCCCCGCAGCCUCAGUACCAAGCCCCCGAGUCGGAUCCUUCGUAUUGUGAAGGCCGGCGACAGGAGGCCACAGGGCUGAGUAAGCUGAUCCCUGUCGGUCCCGGUGUUACCGCGUCCUACCGGCCAGGCCCACCAUCACCAGGCGUCGCGCCGCAGCCCUAUCGCCCGGGACAAAGCCGCUGGGCACCAGUACCAGCCCCUCUUUCCCCUCAGAUCCAAGGCUCGCAGCCGGGGUACCCGUCACAGCAGCAGCUGUCGCCUCAGCAGUACUCGCCACAGCCGCAGUACUCGCCAUCGUACUCGGAGCCCUCGUACCAGGCCCCACAGAAGCAGUUCGAGCCCCCACCAGCGACGAUCACCCUUCGUCAGCAACAGCCUGUGCACCAGAAACCUCCACCGGUUUUCCCUAGUCAACCCGCCACAGCUUCAUUUCAAGGAGGCGUCAACAUGCGUGGGGACCAGAAGUGGCCACCGCAGUCGGUGAAGGAGGCGGUUGCCGCUGAGAACGAAGCCAGAAGGCAGUUGGCCAGGGGCCCUGCCUGCAGACCGCGCAAGGUUAAGAAGGACUAUUCAAGCUUCUUCGCGCAGCAUGCUCUCAACCACAACUACCCCGGAUACCGCGCGCCCCCCGGCACACAACACUAUGAUGACAACUCAGGCCGAUCUUCAUACUAAAUUAGAUCUUAGUAUUUACUAACAUAUCCCUCACUACAAUGAAUAUUAUAGUCUGACAAUCGGUCUAUAACCCGAAUGGGAAUAUUCACAAAGAUGUUCAAAUUCGAUUUAAUUAAUUUUGUUGACUUUACUCAUGUCAGAAUGUCCAGUGUCUACAUAUCUAAUUAAUUAGGGGACAAAACAUUUUGUAACGUCAACAAAAAUAGUAGUUAUCAUCUCAUCAAAGUAAACAUCGAUCAAUUUAAUUGAUUCGCUUAAAGCGCGGGGAUUUUGAGUAGGUACUUGUAUAGACUUUAGGUGAUAAAGUCUUGAGGCAUGUACGAAUUGGAAUUCAAUCAGUACUUAAUUGUAGGAUUAAUUUAUUUUUAACCAUUAUUUAGGAUGUAAGUAAAUAUAUAAACUUAAAAAAAUAUAUAAAAAUAACAGUCAUGUUCAUAAAUGAUAAUUAAAAAAUAUAAUAAUAUCAUUUUCGUUUAAUUAUAUUAUUUCUUUAUAAAAGUGCGGCUUUAUAAAUUGCGAACAAAUCCGAAGUUGCUUUUAAAUGUAACUGUAAAUAAUGCUCAACUACCCAAUGUCAUAAACAGUUUUUUUUUUAGAUUUUUAAUAUAACACUCAUAUUUAAUAUAACAGCUAUUAAAUAAAAUAUCAUAGUAUGUAAAGGAAAUGUUUGUGAUAUUGGAUAAUUAUAAAUUCGAAGCUUUCGCCAACGUACAAUUAACAAUUGGCUAAACUUAUUGUACCUUCCUAGUCAUGAAGAGAUUAUACGAAUAUUUUGUAUAUAAAAUGUUAAAUGGCUUUAUCGAUUUGGUAUUCAUUAUGUAAUUAUAUUUUAAAUUAAAUAAAUUAUAUUAAAUGCCAA